GAGAGGGAGAGAGAGAGGAGAGAGAGAGGAAGCUCUGCAAAAGUGUUGGAGACGCGGGGCGAUGCGCGCAGCGGAGAGUCCACAGAGGAGGACGCGGUGAGACAAACACCUUUCUGAGGGACGAGGAGACGGCAGCUCGACCAGCAAACCUUCAUCUCAACUCAGCAUUUCCACAGUUUCUUCUCCGCGCUCCGAGCUCACGGCUCCAGAGAAGCUCCUCGGAGAAGGUGGGACGCCCCAACGUGACCGACGGCUGCCCGGCUCCAGACGCGACCAGUCCGUGCGCUCCCCCGGCGGUGAUGGACAAACUGUGGUGAAUCCGGCGAAUCCCGCGAGUCCGCCGUGCCGCGCCGUGUCGAAAUGGGCUGUUUUUACCCCGCGGCGGGGAGGGCUUUGCUGUAACACCGGCGGAAACAUGGCAGGGGUACACACUUCAGAUGCCGUGUCGGGACAUUUUUUGGACCAUGCCCCGUCAGCUCAGGGCGCGACCAACGCGGCGGGGAUCACCGGCGACGCGGCCGCGCUUCCUGCCGCCGGUGCCCGCGCGUACUUGGAGGUGUCUGCCGCUGCCCAGGGCUGCGGGGCCGAGGGAGUUUACACCAACGGACGGUACCGGGAGCUCGGCAGUCCGCGGGUCGGGAGCGGCAGCCGCGAUCCUUCCGCCGACAGGAGUCAGGGAGCUGGGAACGCACCUUGCGGCAUCAUGAAGGAUGGUUCCAAACAGAGGCAGGUGAGGAAGAAGACGGUGUCCUUUAGUUCAAUGCCAAAUGACCGCAAGAUCAACAGCACAGCUGCUUGCAUGGCCUUCAUGAUGGAGGGUUGUGAGAUGAAGAAGGUGCGCUCCAACUCACGCAUGUACAACCGAUACUUCCUGCUGGACCCAGACAUGCACUGGCUCCGCUGGGAGCCAUCCAAGAAGGAUUCAGAGAAAGCCAAACUGGAGAUCAAGAGCAUUAAGGAGGUCCGUUUGGGGAAGAAAACUCCUGUUUUGCGCAGCAAUGGUCUCUCAGAUCAGUUCCCUGAUGAAUGCGCCUUCUCAAUCAUCUAUGGGGAUAACUAUGAGUCGUUAGAUUUGGUAGCCAGUACGGCAGACGUUGUCAGCACCUGGGUUAUGGGCCUGAGGUAUCUGGUGUCUUAUGGCCGACACACUGUGAACAUGGUGGAGCCCAGCCAACCGAGUCUGAGAACCUCAUGGAUUGGCUCAGUAUUUGAGCUAGCAGAUAUGGAAAAGGAAGGACACAUAGACAUGUUUAGGGCCACCCAGAUAAUCAAAGGACUCAACCCUGGAAUGAAAGAGUCUAGGAUAGAGCUGAAGUUCAAGGAACUCCAGAAAGCUAAAGACCAAUACGGAGAGGCAAUAAACAUGGACACCUUUGUGGAGGCCUACUGUGAGCUCUGCACACGGCCAGAGAUUUUCUUCUUACUGGUGCAGUUCUCAAGUAACAAGGAGUAUCUGGACAGUAAAGAUCUGAUGCUAUUUGUUGAGGUGGAGCAGGGUGUAGAAGCUGUAACGGAGGACAUGUGCAGGGAUAUUGUUCAUAAAUUUGAGCCAUCCGCUGAAGGCAGGGAAAGGAGCUACCUCUCCAUUGAUGGCUUUACACACUACCUCCUCUCCUCCGAAUGCCACAUCUUUGACCCCCAGCACAAACGUGUGUGCCAGGAUAUGACCCAACCUCUGUCCCAUUACUACAUCAACUCCUCGCAUAAUGCCUCCCUUUUGGAAGACCAUUUCUGGGGUUCAUCAGACAUCAGCAGCUACAUCCGAGCUCUGAGGAUGGGCUGUCGCAGCAUUGAGGUCAUUGUAUGGGAUGGCCCAGAUAAUGAACCCGUGGUGUAUGUAGGUAGUUCGGUUGCCUCACAGCUUGCUUUCUCUAAAGUCCUGGACAUUAUAAACCAAUACGCUUUUGAGACCUCUGAGUAUGCCCUAAUUCUCUGCCUGGUUGCCCACUGCUGCAUCCCCCAGCAGAAGGUCAUGGCACAGCAUGUGAAGAAGAUUCUUGGUGAUAAGCUGUAUGUUGAACCCCCCAACAAGGAGGAAAACUACCUACCCUCCCCUGAGAAACUCAAAGGUAAAAUUCUACUCAAGGGUAAGAGGCUACCGGCCAGCAGCACUGAUGCUGAAGGGGAUGUGACAGAUGAGGAGGAGGGUCUGGAAAUGUCUCGAAGACUUGGGUCUGAUGAGAGGAACCAUAUAAAUGGCUUGGGCUUCAAGAGACUCAGACUGUGCAGGGAGCUGUCUGAUCUUGUAUCUCUCUGCAAGUCUGUCCAGUUCAGGGACUUUGAGUUCUCUAAGAGGGACCAAAAAUACUGGGAGAUUUGUUCCUUCAAUGAGGUAGAUGCAAACAGGUUUGCCAAUGAGUUCCCAGAGGAAUUUGUCUGUUAUAACAAGCGCUUUCUCUCCAGGGUGUAUCCCACACCUAUGAGAAUUGAUGCCAGCAACAUGAACCCCCAGGAUUUCUGGAAGUGUGGCUGCCAGAUUGUGGCCAUGAACUACCAAACCCCAGGCUUAAUGAUGGACCUCAACCUUGGUUGGUUUCGGCAAAAUGGCAACUGUGGGUAUGUUUUGCGACCAGCGAUCAUGAGAGAGGAGGUGUCCUACUUCAGUGCCAAUGCCCGAGACUCCCUUCCUGGGGUGUCUGCCCAGCUUCUUCACAUUAAGGUCAUCAGUGGGCAGAAUCUGCCCAAGCCUCGCGGCUCUGCUGCAAAGGGUGAUGUGGUGGAACCCUACAUAUAUGUGGAGAUCCAUGGCAUCCCAGCUGACUGUGCUGAGCAAAGAACCAAGACUGUGUCCCAGAAUGGCGAUAAUCCUAUUUUUGAUGAGAGCUUUGAAUUCCAGAUCAAUUUACCAGAACUUGCAGUACUGCGCUUUGUGGUGCUUGAUGACGACUACAUUGGAGACGAGUUCAUUGGCCAGUACACCAUCCCAUUUGAGUGCCUACAGCCAGGCUACAGACAUGUCCCUCUACAGUCUCUUACGGGAGAGUUCCUACCUAACACCACCCUGUUUGUCCAUGUAGCCAUCACCAACAGGAGAGGUGGAGGAAAGGCACAUAAGAGGGGUCUGUCUGUCAGGAAAGGUAGAAAGGCGCGGGAGUACACCACCACCAAGACCACAGGGAUCAAAGUAGUAGAUGAGCUCUUCAGGGCAUCCACCCAGCCCCUCAGGGAGGCCACAGACCUCAGAGAGAAUGUGCAGAAUGCCAUGGUGUCCUUCAAGGAGCUGUGUGGCCUGACCCCCGCGGCCAACAUGAAGCAGUGCAUCCUCACAGUGUCGAGCUGGCUGAUGAACAGUGAGCGGUCACUGAGGGUAACGGUGGACCUGAGCGAGACCUACCCCACCAUGGAGGCUCAGGGUCCUGUACCUGAGCUGCUGCGUAAAGUGCUCACUGCCUAUGACAUGAUGAUCCAAACCAGCAGAACACUGAUCGAGUCGGCUGACGUGGUCCACGCCAAACUCACCCAAGCACAACGGGCAGGUCUGGAUUUCCAUGAGGACCUGCAUCGCAUCGGAGCAAAGGAGGGUCUGAAAGGCCGCAAACUCCAGAAAGCCAUGGAGAGCUACGCGUGGAACAUCACUGUGCUCAAGGGCCAGGCCGACCUGCUGAAACACGCUAAGAGCGAGGCCCUGGACAACCUGCGUCAGAUCCACUGUGCAGCUCAGUCCUGCGGCCUCAGUAAAAACGGAGCAUCCUCCCCCCAGCUCCAGCAUCCUCCUCACCACCACCCACUUCAGCAGGUCCAGAUACAGCAGCAGCCUCAGGCCAAGCCCCACCCACAGCCUCCACCACUGCACCAGCCCCAAACCCAGCCCCAGGUUGCACCUCCGGCUUACCUCCAUCCCCUUCCCCAGCCACACCCCCAGCCGCCAGCCCUCCCUUUGGUUCAAACUGUUUCAAAACCGCCGGCUUACCCUCAACCCCCGCCCAUACCUCAGCAUCCGUAUCAGUUCCAGUGCCAGCAGCAGAAGGUGGCAGGACCUCUCGAAGCCACCCCCGAGAAAGAGACGGCCGGCGGCGAUCCCGUGGGAUCCUGCUGACCCGCAGCCUGUGCCCACAGAGAAUCUUUCCCAAAGAGAGACAGAGAGGGUGAGACCGAGGCGGAGAUGCAGAAGGGUGUAGAAGAAAAGCAGGAGGCCAGUAACAAAAGGGAGAUGGAGGAAGUAAUGGAAAGGGUUAAAGAGAUGAUGAUGAUGACGAGGAAGACUCGUCGUGUUAGGAGCGAGACACAAGUCUGAGAGGAGGGGGGGGGAGAAGAGACCUGACACUGGAAAGGUGAUUUCAUAAAGGUUUAUUUUUCUUUUCCAUCUGAGCCAGAUGGUUUUGGUCUCUUCUGCUUUCCUCUCUUGUCAAAAGGUUUGUGUUCCGACUUUGGAAUGCGUUCAGUAGAUGGAUCAGAAGGUUGGAUAUCCUUGUCUCUCUCUGGGCAGUGCUAGUUACAUGCCCCUCCACUAUGUACUCUAGCUCUGUGGGUACAGGCUUUACCUCACAUUGGCGUUUUAAUGCCACAAAUUUGCCUUUUUUCAUUUCUGGAGACUCCUCGGCUUGUCUUUCAGCUUUUUGUUUCUUCAUGCUCUUCCUCCUCCAUCCUAGACACAAAGCUGCAAGCGAUCCCUCACUCCCUGUCAAUGAAGAGGAUGCCGUUUUCAUUUUAAGUGCACAAAGUAGAGCAGCUUGUCUAGGCCGAGCUCUGUAGGAGUCACAGAUGACUGUUUCAGCACAACCCAGGGAGCUGUUGAGCUAAAAUAGAAAAAAAAACUACAUGCAGCUGUGUAGAUGCUCCGCUCACGUCCCCUUGCUGGUGUAAACCUCCAUAAGUCCCCACACAUCUCCAGUGUCAUUCCUUAGGAUUUUAAUUUUCAUUUAAUCGCUGGACUCUCACCCCCCGACAGGGUCUCCUCGUCUUCUCCCCAGGGGCUGUGUGUGUGUGUGUGUGUGUGACGUUAUGUGAGUUGGUGUUUUGGUCCCCGGGGUGGAGCUAGCCCGCAUCCUUGAGCCAAUCACAACUGGAAUAUGUGACCCUUGCCUGUUAGAGGUCAAAGGUCAACAGCAACAUGGUACUGCUGUUAAUAACAACACAAGAUAAAGUGAAUAUAGAUGUAAACUGUAUGUAAAAUGUACGAAGGGAAAAAUAUAUUGCUAUAAUAAUUCUCGCAGACACAGCCAUUAAUGAUUGAUAUUAUAAUAAUUGUUGUUAGUUCUAUUGAUAUGCUGAUUCUUUUGUAACAUUACCUCCACAUAUACAGUGAUUUGACACAUGCUGUUGUGUGGUGCACAGUAGGACAGCCGGUGCAUGUGGGACUGGAACGAGGGAUUACGGGUCAGUGCCACAUCACCAGGGUCAAACGGUAACCUGACAUGUGUGUCACUGCAAAGUGAGUGUGGAUUCUGUAAGAGUUCCUUUGAGUGGCCCAUUAAAACUGGCUUCAUUGUU